UGCGUAAGGAACACGUGCCGGCACCUACGCUAAAAACAUGGGCAAAAAGCGCUGAGGAUUUCGAACGACGGUGGAAUUUUCCAAAUUGCUGCGGCGCUAUCGACGGGAAGCAUGUGCAAAUCAAGUGCCCGGCAAAAUCUGGAUCGUCCUACUACAACUACAAAAAAACCUACUCGAUUGUAAUGAUGGCAGUUGUGGAUGCUAACUACCGGUUUGCGGCUGUGGAUGUGGGCGGAAAGGGACGACAAAGCGACGGCGGGACGUUCGCUACGUGCUAACAAGGUCGCAACUGCAACUGCAGCUGGCUGAAUGUCCGCUAUUCCUUUAUUUGCAAAACUACAGGGAUAACAUCGAGGAAUGCAAGGCAGAGCAUCCUGCAUCCGGUCACGGUGAUACUGAAAGUUACGCAUCAACACAGUGACAAGACCGCCUUUUCUGAUGACGUACAACGAAGAUUGCCGCGCUGAAAGACGACUUCAUUUUAUUUGAUUGCUAAAGCUGUGGAAAAAGUUUCAGCUUAUUGUUAGCGAUUUGGUAGCACCACGUUGUAUGUCGAGCAUCCGGGACUGUAAGGAGCAACGUCUUGAAAACCAUUCUUGAUUCGGAAUUCACCAAAAUCUCCAGCGACGAUCAGCGCAGCCGCGCACCAACAGUCGCAGUUAUCAGCGAUACUUCCAAAGUACAGGAUAUUUAAUUCCUCAAGUCGGCAUAUCUCGUUCUAAAAAAUGGAUAAGGAGACCAGCAAUGCGGAGCUGCAUAAGGAGACUCAGACUACGGAGGUUGUUGGUAAACCCGAGCGGAAGCGGCACCCAAGUAUGUUGGAAGAACAAAUCAGCAUAUUCAAUUCGCUGGAGUACGAUCCCCAGAAGCAUGCUAGAGUUCUGGUCCUUUAUACUGGAGGAACUAUAGGCAUGUGCUGGAAAAAUGGUGCAUAUUGUCCCGAACCCAAUUUCUUAGUGGAUGCUAUCAAAAGGUAUCCGCAUCUGCACGACAGCUCAUACGCUACGGUCUUCACUCCCGAUGUGGAUCUGCAGCCGCUCGUCUUGCCUGACUGUCAUGAACCGAAGACCAUUCUGUACUACGUAAAAGAGUACGAUCCUCUGCUGGAUUCCUCUAACAUGACAGCGGAGGAAUGGAGCAACAUUGCGAAAGAUAUUUACGACCAAUAUGAAGCUUUUGAUGGGUUUGUUAUAUUACAUGGAACGGAUACAAUGUCUUACACGGCUUCUGCCUUAUCUUUCAUGCUGGAAAAUCUGGGAAAGCCCGUUAUCUUAACGGGAUCACAGAUCCCGAUUUUUGAAGUGCGAAGUGACGGACGUGACAAUUUUAUCGGAGCAUUGGUGCUUGCCGGAUGUUACAAGAUCCCUGAAGUGUGUAUUUACUUUAACCAUAAGUUGUUAAGAGGGAAUCGAUCAACAAAAGUAGAUAACAGCGCAUUUGAUGCAUUCGAUUCGCCAAAUAUGAAGCCAAUAGCAUCGGUCGAAAUAAAAAUUUAUGUGGACACGGAUUCGAUAUUUCGGCCUCAUAAACUCAACAAGUUUGCUUUCAUGACAAAUAUGAUACAGAAUGUGGCCGUUUUGCGACUUUUUCCCAGCAUUACUGCAUCCACUGUGAAAUAUUUUCUUCGAGACCCCAUAGCAGGAGUGGUACUUCAGACGUAUGGGGCGGGCAAUGGUCCUCAAAAACGAAAAGAUAUUUUAGACGCUUUCCGUGAAGCCACCGAUCGCGGUGUGUUGAUUAUCAACAUCAGCCAAUGCAGUCGCGGCGUGGUCAACCCGUCGUACGAAACGGGUCAAGCGCUACUGGAAUGCGGGAUCAUCCCGGGACACGAUAUGACACCGGAAGCGGCGUUGGCUAAACUCAGUUACGUCUUGGGAAAAACAGAAUGGGAUUACCAGCAAAAGCGAGCCAUGAUUCUGCAAAAUCUGCGUGGAGAACUAACUGUGAAACAGUCACGGCAGUUGUCCAUCAUCGAUGCUGAUUUAAUUGAAGCAGUGGCCCAAGUGAUGCAGGUAUCCUCAUCGGAAGAAAUGGCGGCGCUGCGUCGGGUGUUGUAUCCCUCAUUGAUCUGUAAUGCCACUAGAAGCGGAUCGAUCGCUACCUUGGAAAGUCUGAAAUCGGCAGGGGCCAAUUUGCGAGUGGGCGACUACGACGGGAACACAGCGCUUCAUAUCGCCGCAACUAAUGGUCUUGUGGAUGUGGUUAAGUUUCUGAUUGAUAACGGAGCGAACAUUUUUGCAGAGGAUCAGUGGGGUUACACUGCAUUGGAUAAUGCCGUACGCUUCGACCGUUUUGAAAUUAUUCGAAUUCUCCGAGCAGCCGGUGCACAUUUGAAACAAAGUCCUACCAAAAUUGCAUCGGAGCUUUGCUACACGGCCGCUAAAGACGAAGUGGAUCGUUUAAGGAGUUUUUAUUUUGCCGGCGCGAAUUUGGAUCAGGAAGAUUACAAUGGAUGUACUGCACUCCUUACUGCGGUUCGUCAUAGAAGUGUUUCGUGUGUAAAGUUUCUCGUUGGUGUUUGCGAAAGCAGCAUUAGUCAGAAAGACCGCUGCGGUUUCACGCCGUAUUCGGAAGCAGAACGGAUGAAAGACAAAGAUUUGAUGUACAUCUUAUCUCAUAUACCUCCGAAAAUCAAACAAACUGAAUCUGGUGGGAAACUGAAUGGAUCUCCAUAAUCACAGAAUCUUCCAGUGAGUUGAUGACGGUGCCUGUUAUUGUGACUGUAUGUGUUUUAUCGUGUUUGCUGUAUAUUGCCGGUUUACACACAUCUAUUCAGUACAGUAUUCUUAUUCUGCUCAUUGCGUAUGCAUUUGUCGGUUGAAAGCUGAAUUUGUUUGCUGGUGAAUGUUUCACAUUUGAUGUCGUUUGUGAUUGAUAGAUUUGCACAGUGUUGUUACACGCCUAGUCUUGCUAAAUAGAUGGAAAAAAUAGCGGCUUAUCAGACAAUAAAGAAUUACUCCGGA